GGGGGCACGGUGUUCCUGACCACCCGGCAGACGCUGUGCCGGGAGCAGAAGUCCUUCCUCAGCCGCCUGUGCCAGGGGGAGGAGCUGCAGUCGGACCGGGAUGAGACCGGGGCCUACCUCAUCGAUCGCGACCCCACCUACUUUGGGCCCAUCCUGAACUUCCUCCGGCAUGGCAAGCUGGUGCUGGACAAGGACAUGGCUGAGGAGGGGGUCCUGGAGGAAGCUGAGUUCUACAACAUCGGCCCGCUGAUCCGCAUCAUCAAAGACCGGAUGGAGGAGAGGGACUACACUGUCACGCAGGUGCCACCCAAGCAUGUCUACCGUGUGCUGCAGUGCCAGGAGGAGGAGCUCACGCAGAUGGUCUCCACCAUGUCUGAUGGCUGGCGCUUUGAGCAGCUGGUGAACAUCGGCUCCUCCUAUAACUACAGUGGUGAGGACCAGGCAGAGUUCCUGUGUGUGGUCUCCAAGGAGCUCCACAGCUCCCCCCACGGGCUGAGCUCUGAGUCCAGCCGCAAAACUAAGAGCGCGGAGGAGCAGCGGCAGGAGGAGCAGCGGCAGGAGGAGGAGGUGGAGGUGGAACAGGUGCAGGUGGAGGCAGAUACACAGGAGAAAGCCCCGUCAUCUCAGGAUCCCGCUAACCUUUUCUUCCCCCCACCGCCUCCUCCGCUUCCCGCCGGAGGUCCUGCCUCACCUUCAUCCACCUCCUGGAUCUCAUCUGCACCCUGCCUCUUCCCUCUCUGCCCCUGCCCGGGUUUCCUCUCUGCCUGCUCACGCCUCCAUCCCGGGCCACCCUGGUCCCAGCCUCCCGUGCCCUCCACCCAGGUGCCCCAGCCUCGCAUCUCAGAGCAUCCUGCCUGCCGCCUCCCGCACCCCUUCUGGCAGCUCCUGCCUCCUGGCCUGGGGAGGACGGGUGCAGCUGCGCCUCCUCGGGGCCUGCCAACCCCACCGGGCUCCUCCGAGGCUGGGCUGCCCAGCCCCAGCACUUCGCCUCCUUGCCGCCUCCUCACAUUUCCUCCUUGCAGGUUCCUGUGUGCACCCCUCAGACCUGAGGCUGCGCUUGCAGUGAGGGCCUCUCAGCCCCUCGCCCACCCCCAGAGCUGCCAUCCCCGCUGUUACAAGCCAGAGGCACCCGGAUGUGAGGCCCCACGUCACCUCCAGGGACUUGGGGUUCCGAUCUGAAGUCCUUUGUUUUUGUACCAGAGGGUGGGCCCCCAGCUCAAGGUGGAGGAAGUGCGCUUCCCACUGCCGCCUCUGUCUACACCUACGGGGCUGUGAUCCACUCCUGCCUCCCUGGGGGGCCCUGGGACCCCUGGGCAGAGCCGCCUGCCUCUGGCCCAAGUAUGGCACUGUCCAGCUGUGUCUCCCAGGCCCCUGUGUCCUGUCCCCUGAGACCCCCAGCUGCAUGGCGGAUACAAUCCCUCCUGGCCCAGUCAUAUCACCUCCUUGAGCCUUAGUCUCCUUGUCUGUGAAAUGGGUUCUCUCUUCCCCCACCUACCUCACAGGGUUGUUGUGAGGUUACUUCUAAGGGGAGCAGGGUCCCAGAAAGCCCUCCCUCAGGGAGUAGAUGCCAGAUACAGAGCAGCCCCCUCCACUCUUCCCUCAGAGGGAAGGACCAUUGUAGCCCCAGGUGAGGUCCAGGUAUUGAGGAGGUGAUGAAGGGGGUGGGGUCAACUGUCUCAAGGGGGGUGGGUGACUUGGCCUUCACCUGGACUGCUCCCCCCACCCCAUAUUGCUGGAGACAGAGUGCCUCAGCCAGGAGCAGGCCAGCAAUGCUCAGCAGGGGCAGUGGGGCCACUCAGGAACUGGUGAGAAGGAAGAGGGGGACCCCCUUUGUUCAGGGGCCUCCUGCCCGUGUGACUUCUCAGCUGGGUACUUCCUGGCUGUGUCUGGCCCCACCACGUAAUAAAAUCUGAAGAAAUUGGGCCUGGCCACCUA